AAAAAGUUCGAGAAAUUGAGAAGAUAACAGCCGAUCGGAUUGUUUAUUAUUUACUCCGCGUUAAAAAAAAAAGACCCUAUAUAUUAGACUUUCAUCAUUGGGAUUACCUUUUUUUUUUUUUCCUUAACACACUUUUAUAUUUUGACUACAACAAUAUGUCUGCCAUCACAAUUAAUACCACUAAGCCCAACCAUUUUAUCACCACCGCUGAUUACUCUGCCGAACAGCUUCUUGAUUUAGUUGAUCGUGCUAUCAAGUUCAAGGUCGAAUCAAAGUACAACUACCCCGAGGCUAGAACCGAACGUCCUUUAGUCGGUAAGACUGUUGGUCUUAUUUUCUCAAAGAGAUCCACCCGUACUCGUGUUGCUACCGAGACCGCUGUUGGAUAUUUAGGUGGUAAUGCUAUGUUCUUGGGUGGUCAAGACAUUCAACUUGGUGUCAACGAGUCCUUAUACGAUACCACUCAUGUUGUCAGCUCCAUGGUUGAUGCCAUUAUGGCUCGUGUUGGUGGUCAUGAUGAAAUUGAGACCCUCGCUAAAGAAUCCGCAGUUCCCAUCAUUAACGCCUUGUCUGAAAAGUACCAUCCUACUCAAAUCUUGGCUGAUUUGAUGACUCUUCAUGAAUACUAUCAUGCUAAGCAAAACAAUGUCCCCGCUGGCGUUUACUCUGCACAUACUCAACAUCCCCGUGAAACUUUGAAGGGGUUGAAGGUCGCAUGGGUUGGUGAUGCUAACAACAUUCUCCAAGAAAUUCUUGUUGCUUUCCCCAAGUGUGGUAUCAGUGUUUCUGCUGCCUGUCCCGCUGGUUAUGUCUGUGAUCAAGAUGUCAUUGAUAUCGCUCAAGCCGACGCCAAAAAGACUGGUGCCACUGUCGUUUUCACAACUAGUCCCGAAGAGGCUGUCAAGGAUUGUGAUGUUAUUGUCACUGAUACCUGGGUCAGCAUGGGUCAAGAAGAGGAAAAGAAGAAGCGUAUCGCAGAAUUUGCCGGUUUCCAAGUUACCAGUGAUUUGGCCAAGCGUGGUAACGCCAAGAGCGACUGGAUCUUCAUGCAUUGUCUUCCUCGUAAGCCUGAGGAGGUGGAUGACGAAGUCUUCUACUCUGAACGUUCUUUAGUGUUCCCUGAAGCUGAAAACAGAAAGUGGACCAUCCUUGCUAUCAUUGAUGCCUUAUUAGUUAGAGGUGGUAUCUAGAUAUCUCAUUUGUACAAAAUUCAUUUCUAAAUAAUCUAUCGAUUAUUUGAAAACAUGUUAAAUAUUUUUCCUUAUAAAUAAAUUUUUUUAAUUCCUUUUUUUUUCCCCCAAUAACUAUAAAUUAUUUAUACUGCAUCGUGUUAUUGUUGAUUUCUCCAAACAUCUAUGUGUCCAGCAUAAUUGUCAUAGAAUGAAGCAGAAUUCCAUGUAUUUUUGCGAUUGUAAUGUAGAUUACGAUUUCUGUAAUCGGAUUAUCUGAUCAUACGUAUAGAUUUGAUACAGAAAAAAAAAAAAAAAUAAACAAAUCUGAAGGAGAGAAUAAUCAUAGUUCGCUAUGCCAGAUGGCGGCACGUUACACUGACUAUACUAAAAAUUACGCACUGAUGGGCCAUGUGAUAUCAC